AUGGCCAUCGUGACAGCCCUCCUCGCUCCAAUUCACCUCUUCUCCUUCUCAGCCCUUCUCGGCUCCCAACUCUACCAAACCUUUAUCGUCACAAAAGUCACCUUUCAGCGUCUCCCAAGAGCGCCCUUUAUCAAUCUUCAGAAGUAUCUUUUCCCUAUUUACUUCCAAAGCCAAACGGUGCUACUGUUUCUCUCCGCCGCGACACUGCCGCCGACGAGAAAGUUGAUGUUGUAUCGUGCUGAGCAAGGAAUUGCGAAUGCAAAGAUGGCAAGCCCAGAGGAUUCAGGUCCUGUGAUGCAGAUUCUGAAGAAGAGGUUUGGGACGGCGCAUGCUAUGUCUAUCCAUUUGAACUUGAUUGGUCUUGGGGCUCAUCUUUGGUAUACUUGGAGGUUGGCAUCUCGUCUUGACACUUCGUUGUAG